UUUACUGCAUUGGAAACAUGGGCUUGAUGAGCGCAAGGGAAGUGCUAUGGAAAAAUAUAAUCGCUGACAUGCGAGCAAAUGGACAGGUUGGUCGACACCUUACUCUAACUUGUCGGAACCAUCCUCAGAAUAUCAUUCACGCUUCUCGCUCAGCGGACUUCAGAAAAGCACCAGCGGGAGGCUGCAUGGAGCCAUGCGUUGCAAGACUUGACUGUGGACAUGUGUGUAAGAGUUAUUGUCAUCCGGCCGAUCCUGAGCACAAGAAGUACAAGUGUCCAGAAAAGUGUACAAAGAUGUUAUGCGAGAUUCAUAAAGUGAAAUGUCACAAACUCUGUUGGAAAGCGUGUGGAAGGUGCAAAGUUCUUGUGACAAGAGAGAUUCCAGACUGUAAACAUAAGCAAGAAGUACAGUGCUUCUUGGAUCCGAAAGAGUUUAAAUGUCAGGCUCUGUGUCAAAGACUCCUUGCCUGUGGGCUGCAUCAUUGUAAAAGAAAAUGUUCUGACACUUGUCCCAAGAAUUGCACAACAAAAGUUCAAAAGAUGCUGAAAUGUGGCCACGAAAAUACUGUGGAAUGCUACAAGAACAUCGAUGAGGCUAUGUGCAAAACUCCUUGCCACGAGCUUUUGAAAUGUGGACAUCCAUGUCAAGGGACAUGUGGUGAAUGCUUUCAAGGCCGCCUUCAUCUUCCAUGUAAAGCUAAAUGUGAUCGCUCGUUGUUUUGUGGUCAUCUGUGUAGAGAAGAUUGUACAAGGAAUUGUCCACCAUGUUCGCAGCCCUGUGAAAAUAAAUGCUUCCACAGCAAAUGCAUGAACAAGUGUGGGGAACGCUGUGUUCCUUGUGUGAUGAAAUGCAAAUGGCAAUGUAAACACUAUAAAUGUUCUAAGCCAUGCAGUGAGACAUGCGACAGACCAAGAUGCAACAAAGGCUGUAGGAAGAAGCUUCGAUGUGGUCAUCGGUGUAUUGGCAUGUGUGGUGAACCUUGUCCAAAGAAGUGUCGAGUUUGCAAUAAAGACGAAGUUAACAAGAUUGUGUUCGGAAACGAAGACAAGCCAUACGCACGGUUCGUUGAGCUGCAGCCAUGUGGUCACGUGAUUGAAAAGAACGCCAUGGACCACUACAUGGAUGACGUUAGUAAUGACAGUUCAAUCAUACAACUAAAAGGGUGAGUUCAAUCAUCAUCUCACAUACAUUU